UGGGCUUGAGCGGCAUUUCUGAGGUGAAAUCCGCGGCCUUUCUUUUUCUCUUCAGCUAUUUUAAAAGUUAGCGGCCGAGGCGUAGAGAAUCCGGGCCUCACGGCGGCGGGCGAUGGAUCCUGCGGAGGUCGAGUUCUUGGCAGAGCAGGAGCUGGUCACCAUCAUCCCCAACUUCAGCCUGGACCGCAUUUACCUCAUCGGGGGUGACUUGGGUCCCUUUAAUCCUGGGCUGCCUGUGGAAGUUCCUCUGUGGCUGGCUAUCAACUUAAAGCAGAGACAGAAGUGUCGACUGAUCGCUCCAGAAUGGAUGGAUGUGGAAAAGCUGGAACAAAUCCGGGAUCAGGAACGCAAAGAAGACACUUUCACCCCAAUGCCGAGCCCUUACUAUAUGGAAUUAACCAAGCUACUGCUAAACUAUGCAGUAGACAAUAUUCCAAAGGCAGAUGAAAUUCGAACAUUGGUUAAGGAUACCUGGGAUACUCGAAUAGCAAAGCUCCGAUUGUCUGCAGAUAGCUUUGUCAGGCAGCAGGAAGCCCAUGCCAGGCUGGAUAAUCUGACUCUGAUGGAGAUCAACACCACUGGGGCUUUCCUCACGCAAGCCUUGGACCAUAUGUACAAACUACGUACGAAUCUCCAGCCUGGGGAGAGUGCCCAGUCUCAAGACUUCUGACAGCUGAAACCCUCCGUGAAGUGGAGGCCAGGCGCAGGGGUGCUUUCCUGAGUCUAAAGAAACCACCUCUCUCAUUGGUGCUGUAAGAAUUGUAUUUUGGAGAAGAUUUCAACGUAAUGCCGUCCUCAAUGCUGUCCGCUUCUGAAGAAGUAUGAGGCUGUAGCAGAUCCAGCCUACCAGUAAUGCAGAGGGUGUUUUCGUAACAUCUGUGGUACAUUAUCCCAUUGCUGCAACAAAACGCUCUACAAAACAGACGGUCUCACCCAAAGUAUAUUUGGCUCCCAUGUGACUGUCAUUCCAAGAUGGGUUGGCUGCAGUUCUUCGCUGCAGUUUAUUUUACUAUCAGUCUAAAAUGAGAUGAAGAAAACAAAUCAGUCCCCUCUUCCAAGGACCUUGUGCCUCAGUGGGUCCUUAUAUUUCGAGGCAUCUGGGAGAGAUGACAGAAUGAGACUGUUUUAAACACCUGGCUGCACAGCACCCCCCAAGGCCUGCCUGAGGAAUGAUGCGCAACUGCUAACCCAGCUCUCCGGCAGGGCAUAGUGCUCCCACUGUGAUGCCACUUGCUCGAGUCUGUUUGUCAUCUGUCUUUGGAGAUAAAGGACUUUCUGUGGUUUCCUUGACAGCGGUUGGUGAAGUGCAAAGCUGGAUGUGGGAUGAGCGAACAUAAGCAUGUAUUCUGUAGGAAAUGGAACCACAAGGACAAGGCACGUCACUUUGUCUGGCCUGUAUUCUGCUUUCAGCCCUUCUGUGGAAACUGCCUCUACUGUUGAUGUGCCAAAACCAACUACUUGACACAGACAGGAUCUCUCCAUAAUAAUCACAUAGGUAUACCCUGGCUGACAAUACUCGGGCUAUGAAUCGUAUAGUAAAUGCCGCUAUCCGUGUGGCAUACACAUUCCAUAGAAGGCAGUAAGACUGAAUGAGGAAAUGAAAUAGACAGCGGGACACCUUUUAAAUGGCACUACGGAGAGAUUCAUUUGGGCUAUGACAUCCUGACCUCUGCUGGCUAUCUAGGGAAUAUUUCUGAUUAAAAAGGACUCUCAAAACAAAAUCAGCUAGUUCUUCAAAGUAUUGUGGGCUGUGGCUCAUAAAAGCAUAUAUUUUAA